GGUCGUGGUCUUAGUGCGCAGGCGUCAGCGGAGCCGUGAAAGAAUGACGUUUGUCGUGAAGUAUACACAAAACGAAAAAAAUCUCAUUUUACUGUGAUUUUCAACCAAAAGCAAAUCGGUAUAACCAAAGAAGAAGGUAAUUAAAACAGCGACAGUGCCGCCGAAGAGACAGGAAGUAAAUGUACGCUACAAACAUGAACAAAUCGAACGAGAAAAGUAUACACGAAAUGUUGAAAAACACUCCGUCCAUGAACGAUAGCACUGAUGUGGUUCACACCGGUUCUGAGCAGCAAACGAUCAAGCACUCGACCACGCUGACCCUGCGAAACGUUAGCAACCACAGUUUAUCGUCGCCAACCUCGGUCAGCCUGGAGGACGAGUCGGCGUACAUUAAGAACGGCUCCUCGAAGCUCGAUACGUUCCGCAACUGGAGCAUUACCACGUACAAAUGCACCAAACAGAUUAUGCUGGAGAAGCUGGGCAAAUCGACGCGCACGGUCGAUCUCGAGCUCGAGGCGCAGAUUGACCAGCUGAAGGAGACGCAGAAAAAGUAUCUCAGCAUAUUGCGCCUGUCGCGCGCCUUCACGUCCCACUUUUACAACUGCAUGCAAACCCAGAGCCUGCUGUCGGAAACAUUCGCCGACCUGGCACAAAAGAGUCCGGAACUGCAGGAGGAGUUUCUGCGGAACGCCGAAACGCAGCGGAUCCUGACCAAGAACGGCGAGCUGCUGCUAAAUGCGCUGAACUUUUUCAUAUCGUCCAUCAAUACACUGUGCAAUAAGACGAUCGAGGACACGCUACUCACCAUUCGCCAGUACGAGCUGGCGCGCGUAGAGUACGACGCUUACCGCGUGGAUAUGGAGCAGCAGCGAACGGGCGGUAGCGAACCGCAGCAAAAGUAUUCGAACGAUGAGGUGCAGAAGAAAUACGAAAAGUGCAAAGAUCAGUACGAAAAGUUGCGCUCGGACAUAGUGGUAAAAAUGCAAUUUCUCGAGGAAAAUAGGAUUAAAGUUAUGCACAAACAGUUGCUGCUCUUCCACAACGCUAUAGCUGCAUACUUUGCCGGAAAUGCGAACGGACUGGAAAAGACGUUACAACAGUUUAACAUUAGCCUAAAGAGCCCAAAUUCCGUCACCAGUUCGUGGUUGGAACAAUAGACUGCAACGCCGCUGUCCCAAACCGUGGCGAGCAGAUAGAUGCAUCAUUGUCAUUUAAAAAGUAUUUGAUCUGAAUGUGAAUUUCGGUUUUUUGAGCAUAUGAUCGGACGAGUGUCGAAGCAUUCUUGUCCAACCAGCACCCAGAGCAAAUAAUCGAUCUGCCUUACUUGUUGUAGUGGUGAAAGCAGUCCUAGCAGCAGACGGGGCUAUUCGACGAUUUUGAUAUUUCCAUUUUUUGAGAUUCCUUUGGUCUAGAUAUUACUUAAAAAAUCAUUACAACUCUCGUGAUUUCACAUUAUUUAAUUGUCGGUAUAUUUAUAAAUGCAUUAUAGCAUUGCACAACUAUUUAUCUUCCGCCGGUGGAAAAGGUUCCAUAACAAGACAUGUUAUGAUUAUUGCAGAGCAAAUACUUCCUUUUUUAUGUACUAGUCACUUUUAAUGUCCCUUACAAUCAUACUUCACUCAAGGCGGUUCUUUCGCUUUUAGUUCUCUUAGCAAUUCAUUUUUGUUUCUUGUUCCAAUAACAAAAAGCGGGUACUUUGGAAGGUUUGGGAUGUAAUCUGUUGGCGUCCUUUGGCCCUUUACAAUGAGUGCCAUUGGGCGCAGGAGCUUAGGCAAUGCAAGUUGAAGUGAAAGGCAAUUGUCAUCGAUUCGGUUUAGGUUAACGGUAGUCACACAAUUUAAAAGCACUAACACCGCGCACCGUGAACGAGGUAAUGGUAGAAUGUAAAUGGUACACGAAUCUCACACCAAACUAUACACAUUCAGACAACAACAACACGAUCAUUGGCUUGGAAGCGUGUAAAAUAAAGAGAUUACUGUAAACAAUAAUCUCAGAUCGCAUCACAGCAGCAGCAAAAACAAAAGCUGAGGGUACGUUUGAUUGGGGUCAUAUAUAAAUUAGAAUAAUGUGAAGCUUGCAUAACGUGACUGUAUAAAUGGACGAAAAAUAUGUUCGAUGAAUUGAUGUAAGAUUGGUCGAAAUGGUAUUUUUGUUUUCCAUGUAACAAAAUGUAACGUAAAUAAUAGCUUCUCAAAAAUUAAAUAACUAAACUGAAAAAAAACAACGUUUUCAAA